GUAUGUUGACAUUUAUAUCUACUCUUGUCUACGUUUGCGUCAUGUAUUCUGUUCUGUGGGACUUCUUUACUACCAAAGCGUUAUUUGUGAUUUUUCUUGUCAUUACUCUACUAUUUCUUUUACUACAAAAACGAAACUAUGUCUUCCUAGCGGUCAAAGUACUUCCUUUCCUCGUCUACGACAAACUGCGUGGGACAAGCGCCGAACAGCAGUGUCUCGAGUACGUGCUAGCCAACGCACGUAAAGGAGAUGCAGAAUCCGUACUCAACACUGUAGAUCACUUCACGUGCAACUGUCGUCUGAUGAUGAAUAUUGGACCAGAGAAACGACUUGAUGUAUUGGAUCAGGUUGUAAAGAGUCUUAAACCCAAGUCUGUUUUGGAGCUAGGAACUUACUGCGGAUAUUCAGCCAUUGCUGUGGCUCGCCAUCUUGAUCCUGGAUCUAGGCUCUAUUCUGUUGAAAUCAAUGCUACACAUGCAGACAUUGCUCGGAAGAUUGUUGCCUUUUCUGGAUUGUCAGACCGCAUUGAGGUUGUCGAAGCAGCUUCGGAUGACAUUGUAGCUAAUGUCAAGUCGAAGCUAGGAAUCACCGACGGUUUUGACUUGGUGUUACUUGACCACUGGCAAUCAUACUACAUUAGAGACUUGAAGACGUUAAUCGAGCAUAACAGACUACAUCACGGAUCGGUGGUCAUUGCGGAUAAUAUGCUUUUUCCAAAAGUUUCCGAAUAUGCUAAUUACAUCAGAAAUAAUACCGACUUUGAGAGCAAAUUAUACGAGGUCACCACUCUGCAUAUGUGCAACGGAAUUAGUGAUGGCAUGGAAGUCUCAACAUACCUUCCAAAGAACUCAUAGAACGUACUUUUUUGUUAGUGUCUGGUUUAGCAGGUCAGGUUGAGACAAUAUAUUAGGCUGUCGUUGACUAGAGUGUUCUGUAGCAGUUGUUUUGUAAAACUAUUGCAAUGGAGAUCAAACGUUA